AUGGACGUGCUGACGUCACCAAGCAUGGGCCUGCACACCAUACCAGAAGAAAUCCAGUACCCGUAUACUAAAUUUUCUGAAUGGAAGUUCAAGCUGUUUAAAGUGAGAUCAUUUGAAAAGGCACCUUCUGGAGACAACCAAGUGGAAAAUAAAGAGAAAGCAGAGAAGGAGGCUUCUUUGGACAAUGGCACUCUGAUGCAGAUGGAUGUGGCAGUUCCAGUGGUAGAAAAGCCACUUCUGGCAGAUACAGACUUAAAUCACAAUAAGCAGGCUCUUGAAAAAGAUGCUGACAACCUGAAAAUACAAGAGAAUGCAGCUCAUCAAGCAAACCUGCAGCAGCUCUGCCGCAUCUGUGGAGUUUCAUUUAAAACUGAUCGCUACAAGAGAAGUCAUCCAGUGCAUGGACCAGUGGACUGUGAAACUCAGGGACUUCUGAGAAAGAAAGAGAAAAGAGCAACAUCUUGGCCGGAUCUGAUUGCCAAGGUUUUUAAGAUUGACGUGCGAGGAGAUAUCGACACAAUCCACCCUACUCGGUUUUGUCACAACUGCUGGAGCAUCAUCCACAGAAAGUUCAGCAACGCCCCAUGUGAAGUGUAUUUCCCGAGGAAUAGUACCAUGGAGUGGAAGUCCCACUCCCCAAACUGCACUGUUUGUUAUACUGCUCGUUGUGGGGUCAAGAGAAAGAACCAGCCAUCCAAUUUACAGCUGGGCAAAAGGCUCAAGAUCAUUGCAGAACUAAAAACUAAAGGUGCCCGAAAAACUAAAGGUGUAAAAAAACAAGUACAGGUGAACAACAAAAACCUUAUGAAAAAGAUUGCCAACUGCAAGAAGAUACAUCUUAGCACCAAACUUCUAGCAGUUGACUACCCUGCAGAUUUCGUUAAGUCCAUCUCUUGCCAGGUCUGUGACCAUAUUCUGGCAGACCCAGUGGAAACGACAUGUAGCCACUUAUUCUGUAGAACCUGCAUCCUUAAGUGCCUCAAAGUUAUGGGCAGCUAUUGUCCUGCCUGCCGAUACCCUUGCUUCCCUACCGACCUGGUGAGUCCAGUGAAAUCCUUCCUGAACAUCCUCAAUUCCUUGGCUGUGCGAUGCCCAGUGAAAGAAUGUGAUGAGGAGGUUUUGCUGGGCAAAUACUGCCAUCAUUUGUCCAGUCACAAAGAGGUGAAAAGGAAAGAGAUUUACACGCACGUAAAUAAAGGUGGCCGACCGAGGCAACACUUACUCUCAUUGACCAGGAGAGCGCAAAAGCAUCGUCUGAGAGAACUUAAGCUUCAAGUCAAAACUUUUGCUGAGAAAGAAGAAGGAGGUGAUAUAAAGGCUGUGUGCCUAACUUUGUUCCUGCUGGCUCUGAGAGCAAGAAAUGAACACAGACAAGCAGAUGAGUUGGAAGCUAUAAUGCAAGGAAAGGGAUCAGGGCUUCACCCAGCUGUUUGCCUGGCAAUCCGAGUCAACACCUUUCUCAGUUGUAGCCAGUACCAUAAAAUGUACAGAACGGUAAAAGCUAUAACUGGGAGGCAGAUCUUCCAGCCAUUGCAUGCUCUCCGCACUGCUGAGAAGGCACUCUUGCCAGGUUAUCAUCCAUUUGAGUGGAAACCCCCUUUGAAAAAUGUGUCCACUAAUACAGAGGUGGGAAUUAUAGAUGGACUGUCAGGCCUGCCACACUCAGUUGAUGACUACCCAGUAGACACGAUUGCCAAGAGGUUUCGAUAUGAUGCAGCCUUAGUUUCUGCCUUAAUGGACUUGGAGGAAGACAUUUUGGAAGGCAUGAAAGCACAAGACCUGGAUGACUACUUGAAUGGCCCAUUCACUGUUGUGGUGAAGGAGUCUUGUGAUGGGAUGGGAGAUGUCAGCGAGAAGCAUGGAAGUGGACCAGCUGUCCCUGAAAAGGCAGUUCGAUUUUCUUUCACACUCAUGAACAUCACUAUAGCUCAUGGUAAUGAAAAUGUAAGGAUCUUUGAAGAAGUCAAGCCCAAUUCAGAGCUGUGUUGCAAGCCCUUGUGCCUUAUGCUGGCUGAUGAAUCGGAUCACGAGACUCUGACAGCCAUCCUGAGCCCUCUCAUAGCAGAAAGAGAGACCAUGAAAAGCAGCGUUCUGCUUCUUGAAAUGGGAGGCAUCCUCAGAACAUUCAAAUUCAUCUUUAGGGGUACAGGGUAUGAUGAGAAACUUGUCCGUGAAGUGGAAGGCCUUGAAGCCUCAGGCUCUACUUACAUAUGCACCCUUUGUGAUGCAACCCGCCUGGAAGCCUCUCAGAACUUGGUCCUCCACUCCAUAACAAGAAGUCAUGCUGAAAACCUGGAGCGGUAUGAAGUAUGGAGGUCCAACCCAUAUAAUGAAUCUGUUGAUGAGUUACGUGACAGAGUGAAGGGUGUUUCUGCCAAACCUUUUAUUGAGACUGUUCCUUCCAUAGAUGCAUUGCAUUGUGACAUUGGCAAUGCGGCUGAGUUCUACAAGAUAUUCCAGUUUGAGAUAGGUGAGGUGUACAAGAACCCUGACAUAUCUAAAGAAGAGAGGAAGAGGUGGCAGUCGACUCUUGACAAGCACCUUAGGAAGAAGAUGAACCUGAAGCCCAUAAUGAGGAUGAAUGGAAACUUUGCUAGAAAGCUUAUGACCAAAGAGACAGUGGAAGCAGUAUGUGAAUUAAUAAAGUGUGAGGAAAGGCAUGAUGCACUAAGAGAACUGAUGGAUCUUUACCUUAAGAUGAAACCAGUGUGGAGAUCUUCAUGCCCAGCCAAAGAGUGCCCAGAAUUGCUGUGUCAGUAUAGCUUCAAUUCACAACGUUUUGCUGAGCUCCUGUCCACAAAGUUCAAGUACAGGUAUGAGGGCAAGAUUACAAAUUAUUUUCACAAAACUCUUGCUCAUGUUCCUGAAAUUAUUGAAAGAGAUGGCUCCAUUGGUGCCUGGGCAAGUGAAGGGAACGAGUCUGGGAACAAAUUGUUUAGGCGUUUCCGAAAAAUGAAUGCCAGGCAGUCAAAAUGCUAUGAAAUGGAGGAUGUCUUGAAGCACCACUGGCUGUAUACCUCUAAGUACCUGCAGAAGUUCAUGAAUGCCCAUAAUACAUUGAAAAGCCAGGGCUUCACAAUCGAUCCAGGGCAGAGUUUUGAAGACUCUCUGCCAUUGGAAGACUCUUUAGAAAUGACUGAUUCUAUGGAAUUCUAAACAUAACGAUAAUUUGAAUUGGGUUUGCAAUUAAGUCUUCCUAGACAGGGUGCAGCAAGGCCUGCAAAUAUCACUUUUACACUGAGUGUUAAAGGGAAUCUGUCCCUGCUCAGAGGAGUUUGGUAAACAUCUGGAUGGUAGUUUCCAGAAAAUGGUAAUGCAGAGUUACUGGUUGGUGUCAUUUUCCAGCCAUUUUGUGAGGUAAAAGUGGAAAGAAAGGUGAUUAAUUUACUUUGGUCUCAGAUUAUUGUUUAAUAAAUAGCCAAAGUGAACCAAAGUUUUUAGACUAUGUGAUAUGUGUGAAAUGAAGAGAAUUCAGAAGAGUUAUGACAGUUACAAAGAAAGUGAAGAUGGUUUUUUUUCUGUUUGCAUCAUUGCAUUUUAUUUACUAUUUAAGAAUAGUUUUCCUUUCUUUAAUUGAUGGCCUCUUGCUUCUUAAAAGUAAAGA